GCAGUGCCAAUCCACGCGAAGCUUCUUGCGUUCAUGAAAUGCAUAAAACGCGGCAGAAUUAGUCCUUUAUAUGUCACUACACACUGUAGCGUCCUGGGGAAAAGGUUCGGAUAAGCACGUGUUGUGUUGUGUGAUAAGUAUCCCUCUAGCAUGAAUGUAAAUUGUCACUGUUUAUUCACUAGAGCGUUAACAGUUCACACGACUGAAGCUUGUCAUACUGUUUUAAAAUCGUUCCCGGUUUGAAUAACCACAACAAAAGUGUCUCAACAGUGCUUCUUAUUUAGUGCGUUUAUACGCUUAUUUUUAAGCAUGCAUUUAUUAAACGUCUCUGCUAACACAUUUUAUUCAUCGCACCGUAAAGUCUUAUCGUGUGUGAUUGCAUUGUUUAUGUGUUGUCGAUAACACAUCGUCCCAGCACUGUGUCUUUAGCGAAAUUAGUGACAGUUUGUGCCUGAAAAGUAGCAUGUCACUAUGGUGCACUACACUAUAUUGCUUUCUGUGCGUGUGUGAAUGUUUUAUCACUCAUUGGAUUAGGCCACAAGAAGAGGCUGAAGACGUUGGUUCCUCUCCCGUCGGCUGCUACACAUCGUCAACAAACGUGUCUGCAAGCAUAUCCGACAGACGUCCACUCGACAGCUCGUCACCUCCCCUGGCGCCUUCCACCUCACCGUAGUCCGACUGCAGGCUCGACAGUGAAAUGGCUUCAGUGUCUGAGCACAGUGGACUGUGCCACGUGGGAGAAGGCGCUGCAGUGUGGCGUAUGAGCAUUGACGACUUGCCUGAGGAGAUACUGAUAAAGAUCUUCUCUCACUUGUCUUUCACUGAGCUAGUGGACGUGGUACGGAAAGUGUGCCGUCGUUGGAGAAAGCUGUCGCGAGAUUUGAGGUUGUGGGCUGACAAGGAAUACCAUGUCGGGGUCUCGAGGCACUGCAACUCGGAGAACUGUAAGAGCGGCAGGACCGAGCGGGAGGCAAUGCGUAUCUUCCGCAGUGCCCGAAACCUGCGUAAAGUACACAUGUGGUGCGCCGUCAGCCCCCACGUCAUCGACGUGCUCUGCGACAAAUGCCGGAGACUCGCAGAUCUCCGCCUGCACGCCGCCCAGAAGCUCGGCUAUUCGGCACGUCAUACCAUUGCUGCCGGUAUAUGCCGACAGCUUGGAACGUCUGGAACUUUAUGAGUACGACAUAGUCCGCAACUCGGCCAGAGAGGCGUUCACUACCGUCGGAAGCUUGAAGCACUUGCGGGAACUCAGGAUGUCCGUCCCCGAUCGAAUACCGCCCGGAACAGCUGCUCUGGCUUUUACGAAUGGAGGACUGCCACAACUGAAAGUGCUGGAUCUACCACACGGAUACGGUGUGGAAGAUAACACAGUAAUUGCCAUCAGCCACGGAUGUCCCGGUUUGCGACAGCUCUCCGUCACUCACGCUAUGAAGCUGUCGCCUGCUGCCUUCUCGGAGAUCGACCGUCUAGAACAUCUUGAAAUACUAGAUGUGACAGGUUGUAGCAGACUCGGCGGAGGCCUAUUCCCCUGCCUCGUCGGGCUACCGCGACUUCACACGUUGCGAAUGGGUACCUUGUAUUUCGGUACCACGUAUUUUACAGAGUUGCAGCCAGGUGUGAGCAGCAUCCUCAAAUUGUCAGGUUUGCGCUGUCUGACAUUCGAUUAUUCGGAUGUUACUGGAGUGCCUUUUGAUAAGUUUCCGGAGAAUCUCAUCAGUCUCAGGGAGCUGAGUGUCGAAGGGUGCCGAGGUGACCCCAGAGCCACAGACGGGCUGACCGAGCAGAUGCCCAAUCUCGUAAUCCGCGGCACGGUCCACGCUGAGCUACAGCCUUUCUACUUCGAGGCACUCGAGGAUGUAGGGCCCGGCGAAGCAGACGAAGCGGUGGACGACCGUUCGGAGAGUGACGAAGACGGCGACAGUGAUAGUAGCGUCGGCGGCAGUGACAGUGAGAGAGGUUGAGAGCACUAUAUCUGUAUGUAUAAAAAUGAUGUGAAAUUUAUAGGAAAGUACAAUUCUCAGUACUUGUCAACAUAAGCGGAAACUGUUUUGAAGGAAUAUAACAAAUAAUUUUAGAAAUGUGUAGAAGAAACAGUAAUGUUGUUUGAAUACCUGCUGUAAUAAUCUGCAAUAAUGUUUGAUUCUUGUUGUAACAACAAUGGAUUCACAAUGAAACAAAUUUUUUAAAUGAUAAAAUGGCUACACAGAUCAGGUAGCAAUUCAUAAAUAGCACUGACAAUGUUUUUUUGCAGUAAGUCGAAUUUAAAAACUUCUUUGUUUUUAUAAACCUGUGAAACAAUAAUAAAUGAGGACUGCUACCUUGUUA